AUGGGUAUAAUCAUCUACGAGUUUCUGAUUGGUGUCGUACCGUUUCUGGGUGAAACUCCGGAGCAGUUGUUCGCGAACAUAAUCAGCGAAGAGGCGGAAUUUCCCGAGGGGGAGGAGGCACUACCCGUCGAGGCCGAGUCGUUGAUCGCGCUGCUACUCGAGAAGAAUCCCAACGAGCGACUGGCCACGGUUGGCGGCGCUCAGCAAGUACGCUUAUUUUGUUGUGGAUGUUGUUGCUGCAGCUGCAGCUGCAGCUAUACCCGACCCCAUAAGCGAGUCUGUCCCAAUUCGAUAGAGGUCACCCUCGAAUCCCCCCUUUAA